AUGGCAGAGAAUGGAAAAAAUUGUGACCAGAGACGUGUAGCAAUGAACAAGGAACAAUACAAUGGAAACUUCACAGAUCCCUCUUCAGUGAAUGAAAAGAAGAAGAGGGAGCGGGAAGAAAGGCAGAAUAUUGUCCUGUGGAGACAGCCACUCAUUACCUUGCAGUAUUUUUCUCUGGAAAUCCUAGUAAUCUUGAAGGACUGGACCACAAAAUUAUGGCAUCGUCAAAACAUUGUGGUGUCUUGUUUACUGCUGCUUGCUGUGCUUAUAGCUACGUAUUAUGUGGAAGGAGCACAUCAACAGUAUGUGCAGCGAAUAGAGAAGCAGUUCCUUCUGUAUGCCUACUGGAUAGGCUUAGGAAUUCUGUCUUCCGUUGGGCUUGGAACAGGACUGCACACCUUUCUGCUUUAUCUGGGUCCACAUAUAGCUUCAGUUACAUUAGCUGCUUACGAAUGCAAUUCAGUUAAUUUCCCUGAACCCCCCUAUCCUGACCAGAUUAUUUGUCCACCCGAAGAGGGCAUUGAAGGAUCCGUUUCUUUGUGGAGCAUCAUCUCAAAAGUUAGGAUUGAGGCCUGCAUGUGGGGUGUUGGUACAGCAAUUGGAGAGUUGCCUCCGUAUUUCAUGGCCAGAGCAGCUCGACUCUCAGGUGCUGAACCAGAUGAUGAAGAGUAUCAGGAAUUCGAAGAGAUGCUGGAGCAUGCAGAGGCUGCGCAAGACUUUGCCUCCCGGGCUAAGCUGGCAGUACAAAACCUAGUACAGAAGGUUGGAUUUUUUGGAAUUUUGGCCUGUGCUUCGAUUCCAAAUCCUCUGUUUGAUCUGGCUGGAAUAACAUGUGGACACUUUCUUGUACCUUUUUGGACUUUCUUUGGUGCAACCUUGAUUGGAAAAGCAAUCAUUAAGAUGCAUAUUCAGAAAAUCUUUGUUAUAAUAACGUUCAGCAAGCACAUAGUGGAACAGAUGGUGGCUUUCAUUGGUGCUGUCCCCGGCAUAGGUCCGUCUCUGCAGAAGCCAUUCCAGGAGUACCUGGAGGCCCAGCGGCAGAAGCUUCACCACAGAAGUGAAACGGGCGCCCCACAGGGAGAAAACUGGUUGUCCUGGAUGUUCGAGAAGCUGGUGAUUGCCAUGGUGUGUUACUUCAUCCUGUCCAUCAUUAACUCCAUGGCACAGAGUUAUGCCAAGAGGAUCCAGCAGCGGAUAAAAUCAGAGGAGAAAACUAAAUAA